CCUUUUUGAGAAUUGACAACCAAAAUUAGACACGCAAAUUUUACCAAAUUAGAACUAUUGGAAACUUUAAUUACGUUCAUGAGUAUCUAAAAAAUCACCAAACUCAAUUAGGAUUCUUCUAACAUAUAAUUUAUUGCAAAUCCAUGUUUAUUUCAAAGAUAUGGGCCCCUUGUAUCACAUGUCUUAAAAUUGAUUUAAAUAUCCAAAGAAAUUUCCUUCUCCAUUGAUAACCAGAAAAGACUCAGUCCCUAUUCCCAUUAACCUGAAAUUCCCAUGUAACUACUCUCCAUUUUUGUGAUCAUCAUCUCUUAAAGCUCAGUAAAUAAAUAGACAUGGAUGUAAGGAAAAUUGUGGUAGUAGUGGAAGAUGUGGACAUAGCAAGAACUGCACUCCAAUGGACUCUUCACAAUCUCUUGAGAUACGGAGAUAUAAUUACUCUUCUCCACAUAUUCUCUGUCACAAGAUCCAAGACCAACAAGAAACUCAGGCUUUUACGCCUCCAAGGUUUCCAAUUGGCUCUUUCGUUUCAAGAUAUCUGCAACAAUUUUUUCAAUACCAAGACAGAGAUUGUGGUGACACAAGGGGAUCAAGAUGGAGGAAAGAUUGGUGCCAUGGUUAGAGAAAUUGGUGCUUCUACUCUUGUUGCUGGACUUCAUGAUCAGAGCUUUCUUUACAGGUUGGCCAUGUCCCACAACCACAUUGCAAGCAAUUUGAAUUGCAAAGUACUAGCCAUCAAGCAACCAAAUCCACUGAUGACCACAGGCACAAGGACAAGGACAAGGACCAUUUGUUUUCAAGACAGUUCAACCAACAUGGACUUCUCACAAAUUGAAAUUGAUGCACUGAGGCUCUAGAAGCAGGGGAUAAUAUAUGCAGAAUAUCUAUCUUGUUCGUCGUAAUGGUUUAAGCUAGAAAAUUCUCUAAAAAAAGUAAAUGAAAUGAUCAUUUUACAAAACGGACUAGAGUUUCAAGGUAACUAGAGUUAUAACGGCUUGAUUUUUCAGAUUGUCACUCAACUAAUAGUUAUUAUCUCAAAAGUCACUUUCUUUGUUGAAAAAAGAUUGGAAUCAAGAAAAAAAAAUGUGUCUAAUAACUACUAUAAGUUGACUAACAAUAUGAUAAUCAACCCGAGUUAUUACCUAAUAAAAUGAGAGUUUAACUUACAUGCAUCAACUAUGUAAAGAAUUUUCAUACUAUCAUGCCAUUCAAAAUGCAUAUGUAAGUAAUCCUUCAUAAAAUAUGAAAUUUGUAAUCUUGAAAAUUCGGCAAGUUAACUAGUAGUAUAUAAAAGGUA